UGCCUCGAAAUUUUAAUAGCACGUUUUAUAAAUAAAUUAAACAGACAAGUAAUAUGUUUUUACGGUAAUUGUAAAAUGAAUGUAAGGUGUAUACAUCAUAUGUGCGUUCGUACAUAGAAAUAAUAAAAAAAUUUCUUUUUUCUCAACAGUCAAGUUAAUGAUCAGGUGGUGUUACUUAAAACGUGUAUUUCCAUAAAGAAAAUUUUUCAUAAUGUUUUUUUCAUUAUGAUUCGAGAACGAGAAGGUAUAUUUUGUUGGCUUUAUUAUUUAUCUAUGACGGUUACUGGUAACCAGAAUCAGGAACUAUCGCGUCCAACGAGAUGCGAAUGUUUUAAUUUUUGUCUGUAUUAUAUUCUAUUUGGAAUUGAAUAUUAUGAUUAGGUAGCUAGAAUAUGGUGAAUUAUAUUGUGUGGUUAAAACUAAUGUCGCAUCGUCUUACAAGAAUUCGGAAAUAUGAUCAAUUUGAUAGAAAAAAAUUCUUCUAUUCGUUGUCUUAACCUUACUAAACUGAUCUGAUAAGUCACCGGCCCUGUUUAAUCGCUCUACUCGCAUGUUAGAAUGCACUCCAAAAAUGAAUAUAGAAGGUCGAUCGACGAAUACAGACCUGCUAUACCAAUAAGAAGAAAAAUAGGCCUUUAUUGGUUCCUGGCUAGUUUGAGAAUUAUUUUAACAUUACUUCCACAAACUGGAUAUAUUCAUCCUGACGAAUAUUUCCAGUCGAUCGAAGUAAUAUCUGGGGAUUACUUUGAUAUUGACAUUAACAAACCAUGGGAAUUCAAUUCUACGUUUCCUGUAAGAACUGCUCUAAUACCACAGAUUAUUGUCGGUCUACCAUAUUCGAUCUUAACAAGACUUUCACAGUAUACACGUUUUUACUUUGGUAUAUCAUUAAAAUCUCCAUACUUUCUGGUGAUGUUUCCACGUCUACUUGUAUGCGGCUUAUCCUUUGUAUCGGAUUAUUGCCUGUACAAAAUAUGUUACAUGUACGGUCAAAAUUAUAAAAUAAGACUGAUCACUUAUGCCAGUUCCUAUGUAAUGCUUGUUUAUGCAACUCGUACGUUAUCUAAUGCUAUCGAGUUGAUACUAAUGGCCCUGCUAUUGUACUACACAUCACAUUGUAUGGCAUAUUCAGAAAAGGUAGUUGUCCAAAGUGACUAUCUUUCGGAUAAAUAUAAUAAAGCAAAAAGUGGCGUGGAAAGAGUAAAAUAUUACAAGCUUAAAGCUUCGCUGCCCCCGCAUUCUUUAAAUCAUUGUGUUAAAAUUGCAACCAUUACUGUGAUUGGUGUAUUUAACAGACCGACAUUCAUUGCAUUUGCCCUUUCACCUAUCUUCUUUUGGUUGCAAAGAGGUUUAGGUUCAAAGAGCAUAGGUUUUAGUGAUUUUCACGUUCGAAUAUUUACUUUCAUUGUAUGCGGAAUACCUACGGCUAUAGUUUUUAUUUUGGUCGACAGCUUUUAUUUUGGUUAUUUAACAAUGGCAGAGAUAGGUAACCUUGACAUCACCAUGAACAACUUCGUCGUAACGCCGCUAAAUUUUUUCAAAUACAAUACGAACACUAAAAACCUACAGAAUCAUGGUUUACAUCCCCAUUAUGUACAUUUCAUAGUAAAUGUACCUCUAUUGUAUAACGUUCUCGGAGUUAUCGGCCUCUUAACAUUUGGAAAAAUGUUACACAGCGGUUUGAAAGCUCGGUGGUUGGAUUUGCCCCGUAUACAAAGCGUUGUCGGUCUAAUGACGACAUCUUUUAUCGUACCUAUCACACUGCUAUCAAUUUUUCCUCAUCAAGAACCUCGAUUUAUAAUCCCGACGUUGCUACCUCUAGUCUUCUUGUAUGCACCGAACAUGAAUCAAAUAUCGGGAGUCGAUACCGUUUCACGUAUUGCCGAAAAUAACGCGUAUCCGAAAUCUUUCACAACAAAGACCAAAUUCAGUAAACAGCAAGUUUUUUGGUUCGUGUGUAAUGCUGCGUUAGUAUUUUUUUAUGGAUUUGCUCAUCAAGGUGGUAUUUUACCUUUAACAUCUCAUGUAGCAACCGAACUAAAAGCAAAACCAGACCUUACACAUGUACAUUUAUUUACAUCGCAUACUUAUUCUAUACCAACAGCACUUUUACAUUUAAGAAACACUAAACGAACAUACGUAAGUAGCGGAAAUUACAAAUAUAAGUUAGUUAAAGAUUUCCAUCUCUACGAACAAGGUUCAAAACCUAUGAAAGAUGUAUAUAACAUCAUUGCCUUAAAACUUGGAGAAUGCGAACAAAAAUAUGUUACCAGAAAGGUACCAUACAGAUUAUAUUAUGCUUUUCCCGCCACAGACGUGAAAGAGUUUAUGUCCAUUCAAAAUAAUACAAAUUUAUUUAAUUAUCAUACUGUAAAUAGAUUUUAUCCGCACGUUACUAUCGAGAAAUUACCGUUCACGAAAAUGAUUAGUGCCCUACGUCUGACAAGUAUGAAUAAUUUGUCGGUGCAAACAUUUCUAGAAGUUAUAAACGAUGUAUUCGACGCUUUUCAGCAAUUUGAGUUGUUGUUGAUACGAAUAGAAUAUUUGAUACAGAAUAAAUGGGAAGGUACGCAUACAUCGUGAAAGAUACAUAUAUAAAUUUAUUUGAUUAUUUAUUUGUAUAGAAUAAAAUUCAUUUAUACGUAAUUAUUAUUAAUUUCUUGCUAUAAUUAUUACAUUUAUUAAUGAAUUAAAUUCAAAGUAAGAUACCGUCUUAAAUAAAAUGCGUUAAUAUUUAUGACCGUUAAUAAUGCAACCGUAUUAUCCUUAUGUAAAUAUAAAACUUGAGAUCAAAUUAAUGCUCAUAAAUGUAUGUAUGUAUACGCAUUUUUAAAAGAAAAUUUCUCUUUUUCGGCCUCUAGAAUCUCCGAUUUUUUCCCAGAGGUGGCCGAACACCCUCUACACAUAUGUAUAUGUACAAACAUUUGUUUAAAAUUAUUGAUAUUUGCAUUAAAGCGACUAUAAAAAAUUAAAUUUACUUAUGGGCACUGUACUUUAAUCUAAGCUUUCAUUUCUAACAUAAUUUGUUUAGUUCUAUUUGUAACUUAAUAUUGACCUAAUAACCAUUAUCCUACAUAGAAAAAUAGAAUGUGAAGUUAUUUAAAGUCACUAUCUUUGUAAAUGUAAAUAUUGUAUACAUUCAAAAUUAAUUUACAAGUAGUUUGAUUAUUUGAAAUUGAUUAAAACAAAUAUAUAUGUAUAUAUAUUUAUUAUUUGUUAUUUACU